AAUGUAAAAAAAAUAUUAAAAAAAAGCUCUGUUGGUAACCACUCCUAUUAUUUUUUUAAUCUAAAAAACAAUAUAUAACAUAUGAAAUGUAAAUUUCUGAUUUAUAAACAUUAAAAUAUAGUAUAUUUAUUAUACUCCAAUUAUGUAUGGUAGUGAAUUAUGCUACGUACUUGGAGAAAUAUUAUUAAAGAAACAUGGUCAAACUAAAACCAAAUUUGCCUAAAUGGCCUCAUCAAAACACAUUACAAGUGCCUAAAAUGAAGAGAGAUCUACCUCUUUGCUUAUCAUGUACAUUCAUCAUACAUAUAUGUGUAUGUAUACAUAUAUAUAUAUAUAUAAUAUUACAAGUCAUAGCUGAAAACUAUCAUUGCUUUUGCUUUUUGUUUUCCUUGGCAAGAUGGGAAGUUGAGAUCAGAGGCCUCCUGAGGCCUCUAGUACUCUACCGACAGAUUACUUUAAAACCAAGUAAUAUGAAUGAUUAAUUAAUUAAAAUAAGUGUAUUUGGUGGAGGAGUCUAACUAUCAAAAUAAUAAUAACACUUCUUUCAUCAUUCCUUGAUUUAUAUUAUCACACUGUUCUAACUAAAAACUUAUUGUUUUCUAAAACUUGAAAAAUAAUUAAUAAUUGCAUGCUGUUGCUGAUAUGAUGUCGUUUUCAUGUUUCUUGUCGUUUGGUAUGGCUCAAAAAGAGCUGUUAAGAGAGAGAGAGAGAGAGAUACAUCAAGUAUUGUAUAUAUAUAUACAUUUGAUAUAAUUAUGGUUUGGUGGUGAGGAGAAUCAUGAUAUGUAACUAUGCACCAAACCAAAGCAUAGGACCCCACCAACAUCAGCAACAACUAUAUUCGGUAGAAGAAAUAUAGAGAAUGAGCCUUAAAACUCAAGAGAAGUGACUAAAACCUCUCAACCGUUUCCUACUUCCAUACAUGUCUUCCCUUUCACACUCUGAUCAACCACCUCCUUCUUCCUCAGCCUACUCUUGUUCUUGUUGUUCUUCACUCUCAUCCAUUACUCCUUUCUUACUAUCACUCACUCACUCACUCACUCUUCUUCCAAUAUGGCGAGUUGGGUGUUUCGGGCCUCUCCUUCUAGGCUUCUUCUUCGGCUGUUAUGGGCACUCGGUCUUCUUAGCUUGGUGGCAGCUGAUGGUGAUGCUAGCUAUGCUGCUGGGGCAGCUGAAGUUGGCUAUGGCGGUGGUGGCGGUGGUGGUGGAGAAUUAGAGCUUUGUAAUAAUGAUCUGAGUUAUUUUCUGCCACCACCUUAUGGUAACAUGUCUAAUGUUAUCUGCAAGCCAGUUUGGAACACUUUUGUUUUGAGGUAUACUCAAAAUGAAGAUAAUGUGAUGAACAUUGUGUUGUCUGCUGUGUACACAACUGGAUGGGUAGGAAUAGGAUUUUCAAAGGAUGGGAUGAUGGUUGGGUCUAGUGCCAUUGUGGGAUGGGUUACAAAGAAAGGCCAAGCAAGAGCUAGGCAAUAUUAUUUGCAAGGUUCAAGAAAGUCACAAGUCAUAGCAGACAAAGGUGAAUUGCCACUUACUGGUAUACCUUCUUCUGUUGUUCUCCAUGGACCCAGAAUUUACUUGGCUUUUCAGUUGAAAUUUGAAAAACCCCUCCAUCACCAACCCCUUAUUCUUGCUUUUGGAUUUUCAUACCCAACUCACUUGCACUUGUCUCAUCAUGAUGACAAAACAACCAUCAGAUUUGACUUCAAUGCAGGCUCAACAAGUGAUGCACCUAAUGAUCUUGGCAAAAUGAAGAAGAACCAUGGGAUUUUGGCCAUAUUAGGAUGGGGUCUAAUCCUUCCUUUUGGGGCAAUUAUCCCUAGAUACUUCAAGCACAAGGAUCCCUUGUGGUACUAUCUACAUUCAGUGAUUCAAUUAGUGGGAUUUGUCUUUGGCCUUGCUGCUGUUGUACUUGGACAACAACUUUAUAACAAGAUAGGAGCUCACUUUCCAACACAUAGAGGCAUUGGGAUCUUUAUUCUUGUUCUUAGCAUCCUUCAGAUAUUGGCAUUCUUUCUUCGACCGAACAAGGAAGGGAAGAUUCGCAGGUACUGGAACUGGUACCACCAUUCAAUGGGAAGACUUGCCCUUCUUUUUGGAGCAUUGAACAUAGUGUUGGGAAUGCAAAUUGGAGGAGCUGGGGAUGAUUGGAAGAUAGGUUAUGGAUUUGUUCUUGGUAUUGUUCUUCUCUCAGUCAUUGUUUUGGAAGUUUUGAAAUGGAUUAAAAGGUCAGAGGAGAAAAAGAUGGCCUCCACAUUCCAAAUGAAUCCAGUACAAUAAGCACUCAUAUACAUAUAUAUAUAUAUGGUGAAACAAGACAGAGAUUGGAAUAGUGAUGCAUUGUGUUGAAUUGAAGUUCAUUCCAGUCCAGAGGAGUUUCAAUUUCAAUUUCAAUUUCUGCCUCUCCAAAGCUAACAAGUGAAUAUUGUAUAUAUUUCAUAUUCUUGAUUGUAUGAGUUGAGCAUUUUUGUUUUCUUUUCCAUUUUUGUAAGGUUGGUUGGCAAGUUGGUCACCUUUUUUUGUUUAUUGGUUCUUGACAAAUUGAUCUAUAAUCCUCAUGUGUUUACUACAA